GUCGGCACCGCAGAGACGCGAUCGGACGGUCGAGAGAAACACGACUUCAGCCUUGUGAGAGCCCUCAUACGAAUAUUACCCCCAAAAACAGCAUAAGUAACGGCAAUAGGGUUCAGUUCUGCUGCUCCAUCUCCUCCAUUUCUAACUAACCAGCUUUCUCUCUUCCUAGCUUGCUCCCCUGCUCGAUCACUGGCAGUGACUGAUCACAAUGGCUAUACUCGUGAUCACGGUUAACAUGCAAUGCUGCCGCUGCAAAGAGAAGAUCGACAAGAUCCUCAACUGCCUGAGAUGUAAGCAUUGCAUCGAGAAGAUCGAGUACGAGGGCGAGAAGGUGAUCGUCCGGGGAGGCUUCUGCGCGGAGGAGCUCCGCAAGUGCAUCUGGCGCAAGGCCGGAUGCAAGGUCAUCGUCAGCAUCGUCAUCGUCGAGUUGUGGCCGCCGCCGAAGCCGAAGCCGGUGGAGGUCAACGUCAGCGUCAAGACCGAGGUCACCGCGGAGGCCAAGGCCGCCGCCGAGGCGGCCGCCAGGGCCGCCGUCGCCGUCGUCAUCAAGGAGAGGGGGCUGCAGCAGCACUGCGGCGGCAAGCCGCCGGGGUGCAAGAUGGUGCCGUUCCCGUACCCGGUGCCAUACCCCGUGCCCUGCAAGUGCUGCCCGCACCGCCGCCGCCGCCAUGCCCGCAGCGGCCCUGCUCGCCGCGCCGUGCCCCCGGCCGCCGCCUCCAUGCCCGCAGCGGUCCUGCUCGCCGCCGCCGUGCCUGCGGCCCUGCUCGCCGCCGCCGUGUCCGCGGCCGCCGUGCCCGCCGCCGCCGCAGCAUUUCUGCCAGCAGCGGCACUGCUCGUCGCAGUGGGGCGGCAGCUGCAACUGCAACGUGAACGUCAUGGUGUGCGAGCAGGAGGUUGGUCCAUGCUCCGUCAUGUGAUCGAUCGAUCGAUCGGACAGUACAGUCUGAAUUGAAAUCGGAAUAAACGCCACACGCCGAUGUUUAUAUUUGGCGAAAUUUGGUACGAGACAUGCAUCCUAGAUUGAUUUGUGGUAUCUGAUGUAGGGCGCUUUAGAAAUGUGGUUUUGCCAUAGCACAUUCUGGAUUUGGUGGUAAUUUUCUAAAAAAUAAGCCAGUUUGAACUCAACAAAUUUGUUUGAAUUCAGCUUUUUUUUCCAGUUUUUUUAUUGAAAUUUCCAUUCUAUCUCAAUCGUCUAAAAAAAAAUCUUCAAUAAAGCUGGAUUGAGCAUGCAAUUUGAAAUGAGUGUAAAAGCAUCCUUUUUGCAAUUUGAAAUGAGUGUAAAAGCAUCCUUUUUUGAAAUUAAAUUCUCUAGCAGUUGAAGCCAAAAAUGAUAAAAUAAUGGUUAUAGUGUUUUUAGCAAAUUAUCACCAAACCGGAGUGUCCAAUGGCAAAAGACAAUGUUUCUGGAGUGUCCUAAGGUAAAUGGCCACAAAUCUAUGAUGCAUGUACUGUAGUAAAUUUUACCAUGUUUAUUCUGGCAUUGUUUGUGUGGACUGGUGGUGUGCUCUGUAUACUGCGUGGAAUAUGGUCACAAAAUCAUACAGUGCCAGCUAGCCAAAACUGUGUACAAGAAUCUUUGUGUUAAAUCUUGUAAUUUCUUGUCUAUAUAUAUUACAUAUGCAUGCAAUUGGCUGUGUAAAUUUGACAUGUAUUUUGUCCAAUGUGAUGAAUUAUCAACCAAUGCAUCAAUAAGAGGCAAGAGUACUUUAA